AGCUAAUGUUGGCGCUAGCAAAUACUCUACAAACAUCGAAAAAAAAAACGUUUGAUUGCAAAACAGCGUGCUGAACUUUGACUUGCGUUUAUGUUUGAUUAGUAGUUACAGUAUUUGUUUAAGUUGAUACAGUUUAAACAUGGACACUUAGUUAACUGUGACACAUAAAUAGUCAACCGACAAGCUUGCGGUCGCAGGUAGCGUUAGCAUAUCGGAGUUAGUAAACACUGCUGCCCAACGAUGACAGAUGUUAAUGAGGCGUCUUUUCUGCAGAGGUUAAUGGAGCAACUUUCCUCCACGCAAACUGUCAAACUGUCGUCUAAAGACGAGGUUCCUGUGGCUGUCAUCGGCCUGCAGAGGUACUUGUCAGAGCAAAACCAGGCAAAUCAGAACGACAGCUUCGACGUGACCGUCACUGACGGGGUGUGGAGAGCCAAAUGUGUUCUGGGCUGUGCGUUAAACCAUCUGGUGCACAGAAGCAUCCUAAAGAUUGGCAGUGACAUCAACAUCACGCAAUGCUCCUUCGUUUACAACGAGAGGAUACUGGGCCACGGGUACAUUUGCAUUGAAAAACUCGUGUGUGGUGCGCAGAGGUCCGCUCUCCUUUUUUCUCCUCUCAAAGACGUCACUUCUCUGCCCAUGCUGAUUAAACAAGGCAUGGAAAUGAGUACAUUGCUGCAACGUGAUGCUCCUCUUCAGGUGGCCCGCAAACAUUAUCUUGCUCUUUGGAACAACGAUGAUCCUGAAGGAGACAUCUGGAUGUCAGGAAGGCCCUCAUCUGAUACUGUGCUGGAUGUGUCUAAGAUUACACUUCUGUGCGACCUGGAGUCAUCCUUUAGGAACUCCUGGAAGCCGCUUCCUCUCUUGGUGAAGAUAAUGCACAAGUCCAGAUUACGAUAUUAUGGGAAAUUUGGACUGAAGAUUGAUUACCCCUACCAGGCGUACUUUGAAGUUGCUGACCAGAGUGGAGCAAUGUCCCUUGUGCUUUGGAAUGAACUUUGUCUGGAGUUUUACCAGAGACUGAACGUGGGCACAGUGUUGUACAUUCAGAAUUACACACUAAAGAAGAGUUAUUCAAACAGGUCACGCCCCCAAAUGGACCAAUGCAGAAUAAAGACCUUUACCUCCAUCGAAAUCUGUUUGAACCCUCGCAACCCGACUUCAGUCAUCACUGUGGUCUCACCAAAGAGUGUACAGCCUCAGUGGGGCCUCCCUGAUGUUGCCUACCAGUUUACCACCAGAUCUGAGGUGGAAGAAUUAGCCAACAAUUCAGUGUGUGAUGUCAUCGGUUUGGUAACAUUUGUAGGUCGGGUUGAAAGAGUCAAGAGUCGAGGGAACAAAGGUCCAGAAAAAUACUGGACGUAUCGGUGGGUCCACGCGGUGGACGGAACAUCUGAUCACCCUUUCAUCCUUGAACUUUUUUCUUCUUCUCAAUCUGAAAUGUUCAGUCAUAUUUGCCCCAUGUCGUACCUGGUUUGCACUCAGAUGAGAGUUUGCCAAGUUGAAGGCUCAUUGCCGUACCUGACGAGCAGCUGUGAGACACAGAUGUUCGUUACAGGCUUUCACAAAGGUCAGCCAUAUGUCAGAGAGCCCAGAGUGAAGACCUUUAUUCAGUGGACCAAGACGUUGAAGGACAACGUUGUCCUCCAGAAGACUGCGGUUGGUGGUGGCUACUGCUACCCUCAUGCUCCACAGAUAUAUACUCAAUCAAUGGCAGAUCCCUCAGCACAAAUUCCUCUGGUUGCUGCCACUGACUUAAAGCAGGAGUUAGAAUCCCUACAAUACAGAGAGCAUAAGCGGCUUGCAAUUCAAGGGCAGAUAACAGCGGUGCGAUAUGUGAAAUACCCAGAGUCACAAGAAGCACAAGGCAAACAGGGGUCAGAUGUUUGUGAAGUGACUGUAUCAGACACACAUGCUGAUCCCAUGACGAGCAGCCAAACACCCAAUGAGAAAAUGUCAGAAAGCAAAAGGAAAUGGAGAACGGAAAUGAGUGAUGUCCAGACAUCCUGCAAGCCAGCUAAAAGGUUUCCAAAAUGUAAAAAGGCAUCGGAGGGUCAAGAGGAGGCAGAAGAGAACAACUCUGUCUCAGAGGAACACCAAGCAGAGUCUGAUGGAUUAUGCUGGGAAAGCCAUGGCUGGCCGCAGCAGCAAACACAAGUGUCUGAACAUUUGUCUCAUGGCGUUCUGCACCAAGACAGCGUUUGUCAGAUGUUCACGCUUGAUGAAAAGAGCGUCCUCCUGCAGUGGGGUAACCUUCACCCAGCACACUGGUCCCCACAGCAACCCACUGACAACAUCCCGCCUGCUAAUAUCCCAGGAUACUUCCAAAUAACCAUUUUAGGGAUCAACAAACAGAUCGCUGUUGAUGCUGCGUAUCUCCCAGUUGUGUACAGCAGUGAACCCGGGGCUGUAGGACUUUGUCAGAAUCCCCACGGCAACACGAUGCUGUCCUGCCUUUCAUCGGGUUUCCUGUGCCCUCUGCAUGAUGCUGAAAGUCAGAGUGAAACAGCUAUUCCUGAGCCAGAAGACAUCUUGGCGACUGCCGGGGAGCUGGAACACGUUCACCUCGUGUGUGUCCUGGACCUUUGUCACCUGGGUGGAGAAAACACAGAAGUCCUGAUCAGCAAGGUGUACAAAAUGACAGAGAUUUCUGUAAACUAGCUCUUUAGUUUGGAUAAAGCAGUUGUGAAUUUCU